AUGGAAGGCACUUCGCCACUCAUAUAUACAACUAACACAUCAACUGAGUUUUCAGAUCCUUUGUCUCCUUUUAACUAUAUCCAGCCUGACUCUAGUCCUGAGCCAAAAGUAAAUAUUUCAAUCGAAAGGCAAAAUUCCAAAAAUCGGCCAGCAAGCAAAACUCCAGUCGUUAGAGUUCAUCUAUCUCUCGCACUCAAAGAAAAUUUAACAAAUCAGACUAAAGCAAUAGAGAAAAACCCCGAAGAAAAAGAAAAAACUGAGAAUCUUCAAGAUAAUUCUGGAGCAUCAAUACCGACCCAGCAUUCAGAAGAAAAGUCAUCAAAGACUGAAGAUUUAAAUUCUGAACUGAAGAAGGAUAAAGCUAGAAGUUUUAUAAAAACUGGCAACGGGAAGCCUCAUCAAAGAUGUGGAAGCCAAGAUUCUUCAAAGCAAGAAAGUAACUCAAAUUAUAUCGUUCCUUCUGCAAAGAAAGUGAAAAAGUUUAAUAUCAUUAGCAGGGUUAAAGCUGGAAAAAAUCUAGAAACUUCGACAAGUUCAUCGUGAAAAACUUCAAAUUUUAAUCUUGGUGCAAGGAAGACCCAACUUCUAGAAUAUUCAAGUCAUGAUACUGAUUAUUUCUCUAACUCCCCCAUCAUUGAUUGAUAAGAUAACUCCAUUUAAAAUUCUUAAAAUGAAAUUUCAUAUGGGCAAUCAUGCAGCUCCCCUCAAAUAUAACGUCCUAUAUUGAUAAUAAUGAAAAUUAGUGAUUUGCAGUAUUAUUGCUUCGAAGCAAAUCUAAUGAAUUUUCUAGCAUAUUUUUUAAAAUAUUGCAUAUCACUAACUCCCCCCCCCCCCCCUCCGUGAGCGAACAAAACCAUUAGAAAAAUCGCCAUUUUUUGACCAAAAACCCACCCUCCGUGAGUGAACAAAAAUUUUUUUAAUAGAAAAAAAUUUUAAUGGAAAAAAAUUUUGAUAUAUAAGUGAUAAUUAGUAUAAUGAAAUCUAGAGCUAAUUCUGUUUAAUUUUAAACAAAUUGCGUUUUAAAACAUAAAUUUUGCAAAUUAAAUUAAUAUUUGCUUCCCAAUUUUUGCAAAUUAGGAUUUUUUUUAAAUUUCGAAAAAAAAUAUUUUUUUUAUAAAAUUUAUAUAUAAAUUUUUUUUAAAAAAAAAAAAAUUAACCCCCCUCCGUGAGCGAACAAAAAUUUUUUUGUUCGCUCACGGAGGGGGGGGGGGAGUAAGGAAUGAUUAUAUUUUUAUGUAUAUUUUUUUAACACAUCCUUGAUCAAGGUUGAGAGUAAAGGAAAUGUUUCUAUGCCGAGCAAAAGUUUAUUUAAAAAUUCAGAGUAUAAAAGUCUCUCACCGUAUAGCGUUUCUUUAACAUUCAAAUAUCAGAUUCCAAAAAAUUCCAAUAAGGCUGACGAAGAAGCCCAGGAAAUACAAUAG